UGAUGGUGUCAUGAUGGAUAAUUUUACCUUUGGAUAAUUAUGCCCAGAGCAGGGUUCAGAAACCAUCUUAGUGCCCUCCACCCUGCAGAGGGGAGGGCAGGAACUUAUAAAACAAACAUUCAACAGACUCAGAUACGUAUUCGGAGCUUCUGCUGGUCACUGGAAGUUCGACUGCAGAUCAUUACUUGUAUUGUGAAUUGGACGUUGAUCAAACUGUAUUACAUUUGAACUGAAUCUGUCUGAAGAAUUUCAGUAGAGAACAUCAUGGAAGACCAGAUUAACAUUACCUACAUAACUCUGUCUGGGUAUGUAGAUCUGAACAGAUACAGAUACUUUUACUUUUUCGUUGUACUCACUGUGUACAUCUUAACAGUCUGCAGCAAUGCUACUAUUCUGUAUCUCAUCUGGAUUCACAAAAACCUCCAUGAGCCGAUGUACAUCUUCAUCGCAGCUUUGCUGUUUAACGGUCUUCUUUACAGCACCAACAUUUACCCAAAGCUUUUGAUCGACUUCUUAUCUGAAAAACCGAAUGUGUCGUAUUCGGCUUGUCUUUUACAGUUCUUUUUGUUUUAUUCUUUUGGUUGCUCAGAGUUCCUCCUGUUAGCAGCCAUGGCCUUCGACAGAUAUGUGGCCAUAUGUAAACCUCUGAGGUAUAGAAAUAUAAUGAAAAGAAGUACUGUUAACAUUUUCCUGGUUCUAGCUUGGUUUCUACCUGCUUGUUAUCUUGCAGUGCAGGCAACACUGAGCUAUCAAGCUAAAUUAUGUGCAUUUAACUUGGAAGGAAUAUUUUGCAACAACACUAUUUAUGCCCUUCAGUGUGUGAGAUCAACAACCAUCACUGUAGUGGGGAUUGUAGCUUUAUUACAUGUUGUAGUGCUUCCUAUGCUCUUCACUACCUUCACGUAUGCAAACAUAUUUAGAAUAUCUUACCGCAGCUCUAAGCAGUCCAGGAAAACAACAGUAGAGACCUGCGUGCCUCACCUGCUGGUUCUGACCAGCUACGUCUGUUUGAUGACGUACGAUGUAGUUAUAGCCCGAGUUCAGUCCGAUUUCCCCAGAAUUGCACGAUUCAUAAUGACGAUGCAGAUAUCCCUGUAUCACCCUUUGUUUAACCCGUUCAUUUAUGGUUUUAAAAUGAAGGAAAUUAAUAAACAUCUGAGGAGAUUGUUCAGCUCGGCCAAAAAAGUGCAAGCAGUAAUUGGGUGAUUUUUUU